AUGUCGCUGCUCAUCAACCUCGCCAAUCCGAGGCUUGACCCACCGCUGCUCAGCGCUGGCUUCGCGAUUGGUGCCUGUACGCUGUUCACGUUCAGCUAUGUCGCCUCGCUCUACGUAUCGCCCGCAGGCCGUGUCAUGGGCACCACGGAUGCGUCUGGCAAGACUGUCGAUCGCGACCAUCCGGUUGUUAUCCGCGCUCGGAUCAAGACGGCUUCGCUCGCAACCGCGUUGACGGUGGUCGCUACCGGGGUGGUGUUGUGGGUCAAACGCAUCAUACCCAGAUCAGGCUGGUUGUUGGAUACGUUGAAUGCGGCAAGGCUGCUGGGAUUGCCAUUGCCCGUACCGAGCGUAUUGAGCAGUAGCAUGAUUCCCCUAGAUCCGCCUCUUGCAAACUACCUGGCCAAGCUCACUGUGCACGUAGGCGCACCUCUGCUUCUCACAGCUAUGCUCUUCUUAGGACCACUCUACGUAGCGUUUCUCGACCAACAACUGCCGUUGCAACGUUACUUUUGCUACCGUCGAGAUGUGGUUGACAAGUUUACCUCGCUCACUGGCAUCCGAAAUUACCUCGUCGGUCCGCUCACUGAAGAACUCGUCUUUCGUUGCACCAUUCUCACGCCGCUCCUCUUCUCUGGCGUCUCACGCACCAAACUCAUCUUGCUCACUCCGGCGUUCUUUGCGAUUGCGCACGCGCAUCAUGCUUACAAUGUCUGGUUGCAAGGUGGUCGCACCAAACACGCCGCACUCACAGGCUUGCUGACAGCGACACUACAGUUGUGUUAUACAGGCGUCUUCGGUUGGUAUGCCAACUUUUUGUUCUUGAGAAGUGCCUCGGUUGUCGCGCCUUUUGGUGCGCAUGUGUGGUGCAAUCUCAUGGGGCUACCGGAUCCCGUAGGUGCUGAGCAGAGACAUGCCAAGAGCAAGUGGCUCAUUUGGUCUGUGCAUGCGAUAGGCAUCGUCCUGUUCGCAAAGUGCCUAUUCCCUCUUACCUCGUCCGCGGUUUUCGGCGGUUCUUUGUACUGGUAG